AUGUGUUCAAAGUAUUUGAAACAGUAUGAAGAGUUUAUCGGGGCAUAUGAGAAAAUUUUCCACAUAAAAUCCGAUGAAUCCAUCGAAGAUGUUUAUAAUCUGGUGAUAACUGUCUUAAUUUCAAAAUAUCAAGUACGAAUCUCGGAUCUCAUUUUAAGUUUGGCUGUAGCGAUUAAAUACAACUAUAGGUCCAUUGAUAUUUAUGUUCAAAUACUCAAUAAAAUACUUACAAAAUACUCAAUUACUCGAUUACCUGAUGACCCAUUAACAGAUUAUCUCGCCCAUUGUAAUUUGGAGUUAGUACGUGACGCUGAUAAUAUUUUUCAGAUUAAAUUAACAGUAAAUUCAUUUCCGAAAGAAGAUGACGUUAAAUACUUUAUCAUGUAUGACCAAAUUGAUAAAUUCAAAGAAUAUACUACUCAAAAUCCAUUAGAUGACAUCGAAAUUAAUAUACCUCUCUAUUCUAACAUUCGCCUCCUUGAAGCAUGUGCUUACUAUGGCUCUGCCAACAUUUUCAAUUUCCUUAUUUCAAAUUUUCAUUGUGAAAUAACUCAAAAAUGUUUCCAACUCUCAUUAAUUGGCGGAAACACUGACAUUAUCAAUGAAUGUUUGAAGCAUUACGAAAUCGAUAGCGCAUGCUUUGAUUAUAUUGUUGCAUCUCACAACAACAAUUUCCUCAAAUAUAUAUUCGAUAGAGAUCUUUAUGAAUUGCAAUAUUUUAAUUUUGAAGAAUUAAUCUAUGCACAAAACCUGAAAGCAGUCUUUCUAAUGUAUGAAAAGGAUAAAAACUCUAUUAUUCCAUGGUGCGCUGGAUUUUCUCAAACUCUUGAUCUUAUCAAAACAGAAGAUUUAAACUUGUCGAAUACUACUGAUCGUAGUUAUAUUCUUCAUUAUGCAGUUAAAUUUAAUAAUAUUAAUAUCGUCAAAUUUAUAUUGGAAUCAUUAGAUAAGUUUCCAAUCGAUAUUAAUUUUCUAGGUAUUGGUGGGAAGACUGCCCUUUAUUGUGCAGCAACAAAUAACAACAAAGAAAUUGCAGAACUUCUAAUUUCGUAUGGUGCUGAAAUUAAUGAUUGUGGUGGAAGUAAUCCAUUAGAUGAAGCUGCAUCACACAAUAGCCUUGAUGUUGCCAAACUUCUAAUUAUGCAUGGUGCAGAUGUUAAUUCAAAUGAAAAUGAAGAUAUGGAAACUGCAUUACAUUGGGCAACAAUAUUUGAUUACAAAGAAAUGGUAGAUCUUCUUCUUUCUCAUGGUGCGGAUCCAAAUAAACAAGAUAGGAAUAUGAUGUCUCCGCUUCAUCUUGCUGUAUAUAAAAAUCAAAAAGAUAUUGCAGAAGUUCUUCUUUCACAUGGUGCGGAUCCAACUAAACAAGAUUCAAAUAAAUCGAACCCGCUUCAAUAUGCCGUAUCGAAAAAUGAUAAAAAUUUAGUAGAAAUCAUCAUUAAUCAUGGUAUAAAUGUUAAUCUAAACUCUUAUGAAGGAGAAAAUGCAAUUCGUACGGCAGUGCUAUUUAAUAAUAAAGAAAUCACUGAACUUCUUCUUUUACAUGGUGUAAACGUUAAUUCAAGAAAAGGAAAAGCUGGCAAGGCCAUUUUGCAUUAUUUAUUCGAAAAAAGGAAUAUUGAUAUGAUUGAAUUAAUUUUAUCCCAUGGUGCAAAUGUUAACAUAAAAGAAAAAUAUACAAGGAAUACUUGUCUGCAUCAAGCAGUAAAUGAUUCAUUUUUAGAAGGAAUAGAAAUUCUUCUUUUGCAUGGUGCAAAACUCGAUCCACAAAACAAAUAG